AUGAUGUGGUUUCGCAUAGCGGUGGCGACCGCAGUAAUCGCUACUAUUAGCGUUCGGGGCGAUCAAGUAAUGCUCCUCGAUACAACAACUGAGAAUACUUUGGGUUGGACGCGGUAUCCAUAUGGGGCACAGGCCAGCACGCCCGGAUGGCUUGAAGAAUCAUACACUAAUUUUGAGAAGCAUAUUAACUGGCGAUCGUACGUAGUUUGUGAUGUCGCACACCAUAACGUAAAUAAUUGGUUAUGGACACCUUUUAUCGAGAGACGAAACGCUAAUCGUAUAUACAUCGAGAUUAAUUUUACGAUUCGCGAUUGUUCUUUAUUUCCGGGAAACGCAUUGAGUUGCAAGGAAACCUUCAGUUUGUUGUAUUACGAGUUCGAUGUUGCUACUCGCGAACAGCCACCAUGGGAACCAGAAAGUUACAAGCUAGUUGGUAGAAUAGCAGCUGGAGAAGGCAGAUUUAACACUAACUCAGAAGUUGAUAUCAAUACAGAGGUCAAGAGCAUAGCAGUCACAAAGAGGGGUGUGUAUAUAGCAUUUCGAGACCAAGGUGCAUGCAUUUCCAUUUUGGCAGUUAAAGUUUAUUAUAUCACAUGCCCACAAGUUACAAUAAAUUUUGCAAAAUUUCCGGCCACACCAACAGGCCGUGAAGUGACAGUUAUAGAACAAGCGAAUGGAACUUGUGUGGAAAAUGCUGAGACAGCACCAGGUGAAACUCCACCGGUUUACUUAUGCAAAGGAGAUGGAAAAUGGACAUUGCCAAGUGGUUCGUGCAAAUGUAAGGGUGGAUAUGAACCCGACCAUACAAACCAAGUCUGCACUGAAUGUGCACCUGGAAAAUUCAAAUCUCACACCGGAGAUGACGCAUGCAUGCCAUGUCCAGAUUACUCUGAAACCACAGUUGUUGCUUCACUUGAAUGCAAGUGUAUACCUGGUUUCUUCCGUGCUAAGAAAGACCCAAAGAAUGUACCUUGCACCCAACCACCUUCAGCACCUGACAACUUAACGGUUACAUUUGCUGACCAGUUCUCAAUAUCAUUAGCAUGGCAGCCACCACGUAAGACUGGAGGUCGCAGUGAUGUCACCUAUGAAGUUCAUUGCAUCAACUGCGGGCCUAAUGUAGAAUACAGACCAUCUUCUAUAGGUUUGAAUCAUACCAGAGUGACUGUCAUGGGUCUAGACCCUGUCACUGAGUACAAAUUUCAAGUCCUUGCUGUUAAUGGUGUGACAGAAUUAACCGGUGAUUCUCCGAAGAAAGUAGAAAUAACUGCUAUUACAGAAGCAACUGUUGUGAGUGUUGUAUCGAAGUUGAGAAUAGUCAGUGUAGAAAAUGAUAAGUUGUCUCUUGCCUGGAACCCUCCACCCAUAGAUGUCACCGAUCCAGAUGAUACAAUUGAAAGUUAUGAAGUCAAAUGCUUCCCAAAAGAUAACAAUGAAAGAAGUGCAAAUGUCACUGUUAGAAUAACAAAAGAACCCCAUGUUAUAAUUGCUGGUUUAAAAAGAGACACUGAAUAUGGGAUUAGAGUGAGAGCUAAAAUGAAGCGUGGCUGGGGAGAGUUAAGUGGUAUUGUCUAUGCUCGAACUGGAGCUGGUCUGGAACCAACUUUAGUUGUUAGUGAAGAAGAAGGAGCACGGGUUCGUUUAGUGGCUGGUGUGAUGGUAGCAGUGGUUGUGCUAUCAGUUGUGGCUAUUAUUGCUACAGUACUAUUUUUGAGAUCUCGUGCUGAUGAUGAAUGUGAUAAGAAGCAGCCAAGUGAUUGUAACGCGCUUAACUAUCGAAAUGGGGAAGUUUACACUGGGCCAGACAGACCAACAAAAACUAGCAGUAAUGCAACAACUCCACUUUUUGCUGGGACAGGGUCAAGAACUUACAUUGAUCCCCACACAUAUGAAGAUCCAAAUCAAGCUGUUAGAGAAUUUGCACGCGAAAUAGACGCUUCAUGCAUUACAAUAGAGGCGAUUAUCGGAGGAGGAGAAUUUGGCGAUGUUUGUCGAGGUAAGCUAAAACUGCCUGCUUGUGGACAAGAAAUAGAUGUCGCAAUAAAAACUCUCAAACCUGGAUCGACUGAGAGAGCUAGAAGAGACUUCCUGGCAGAAGCAUCUAUUAUGGGCCAGUUUGAACACCCCAAUGUUAUAUUUUUGCAAGGUGUUGUAACAAAAUGCAAUCCAAUCAUGAUUAUAACUGAAUUUAUGGAAAACGGUUCAUUAGACACAUUCUUGCGGGCGAACGACGGUAAGUUCAGAGUACUUCAGUUAGUCGGAAUGCUACGAGGAAUAGCAACCGGUAUGCAGUAUUUAUCUGAAAUGAAUUACAUACAUCGCGAUCUUGCGGCGCGAAAUGUAUUGGUAAACUCGCAAUUAGUCUGUAAAAUAGCAGAUUUUGGCUUAUCGCGAGAAAUUGAGUCAACAGCCGAUGGAGCCUAUACCACGCGGGGAGGCAAAAUUCCAGUGCGAUGGACGGCUCCUGAAGCGAUAGCAUUUAGAAAAUUCACAUCAGCCAGUGAUGUUUGGUCAAUGGGCAUUGUUUGCUGGGAAGUGAUGAGCUUUGGUGAACGACCAUACUGGAACUGGAGCAACCAGGAUGUAAUUAAGUCAAUAGAAAAAGGCUACCGUUUACCAGCACCGAUGGAUUGCCCAGAGGCAGUUUAUCAACUCAUGCUAGACUGUUGGCAGAAGGAACGCACUCAUCGGCCAACAUUUGUUAGCAUUGUGAAGACAUUGGAUAAACUUAUACGUUGCCCAGACACUUUAAGGAAAAUUGCCCAAAACAGAUCAACCGAUCCUUUGGCUGGAGACACACCUGACCUGAUCCAAUUUUCCUCCGUAGAAGAAUGGUUGGAGUGCAUCAAAAUGUCGAGAUAUAUUGAAAAAUUCCGAGCAGCUGGUAUAACAGACAUGAAUGCUGUGGUGGAUCUCACAGUUCACCAAUUAGCUUCCUUAGGAGUUACCUUGGUGGGUCAUCAAAAGAAAAUUAUGAAUAGUGUACAAAGCAUGCGCGCCCAAAUUCGUGUGAGUGGGCCGUAUGGCUUUCUUGUUUAA